CAGCUGGAGGCAAAACAGGGCACGCCAUUAGGACACUUUUUUUUUUCUUCCUGUACAUAAACUUGUACAUGGCACUAUUUGUUUCACUUGGACGCAGGAUCCCGCGGAAGGAGGUGCUCGUCUUUUGAAGUGACCCACUCGUACAGGAAGGACAAUUACCGCCAUGCCUUGCCUGCGCGACUCAGGCGACUGUUUGCGGGAGAACAUGCACUACAUGAUGAGGUCCCUCCAAGACCUGAACAAGCUGAGGAGGACGUGUCCUGCAGCCUGCAGACCGCCGUGUCCUCCUGUCCCCCCUGUGACCGUCCUGUCUGCAGCUCCUCACGCCGUGUGUCGGCCCAGAGAGCUGCGCUCCCGCCUCCGCAUGUCCAGCGCCAGCACGGCCAGCACGGCCAGCACCUACGACUCGGCCUGCUGCCUCGCCAGCCCCCUGGAGGAGGAGGAGGAGGAGGACGAGGACGACGCGGCCAGCAGUCGUCUCGGCUUGAACUCGCCCAGCAGCCACAAGAGUUUGGACUGUGAUUCCGGCUACUCCGAGGCCUCGUGGCGAGACGAGGGGGUGGUGCUGAGGAGGACGAGGAACGUGCGAGUGUCGUCCUCAGCGUGUCUCCGCACCAACAGAGCGCCGAGCGGACGCAUCCGUCCUAAAUCCACCUCGGACGUCUGCCUGGAGCGAUGGACGCCCUUUGACGAUCCAGAGGGCUGGGCCAACUCGCUGUUGACCAGAGGACGCAACCGCCAACCUCUGGUCCUGGGCGACAACAGCUUCGCCGACCUGGUCCAGAACUGGAUGGACCUCCCGGAAUGUCCCGAGGCGCCCGAGCCGACAGCGAAGCCGAGACGGAGACUGGGAAGGAGCCUCCUGGUCAGCGUGAGGAGGAAACUGGCCGGAUUGUCGAGGAGCGUGGAGGAGAGAGUGAGGAUGAGGACCACGGACUCCCGCGUUAGCAGAGACACGUCCAAACGUCUUUCGUGCCCCGUUGUCGCGGCGGAAACAAAAGCGCCCUUUUUCCACCAGUCCCACUCUGCCAUUCACGAACUGGACACAGACUUUUUCCAAUUUGCUGCCCACAUGAAGACGGGCAGCAGGCAGCCAAUCAUAUGCAAGGACAUUAUUGGCUACGUCUGACAUUUUUUGGACUCUCAGAAGAAGAUGAAUCUCGUAUCCAAGCAGGACUCGUUAAGUCAUGUUCAAAGACUACCUAGGACAGCUGCAGUGCGGUAAAGCCUGAUUGGACGAGAGGCGAAUGGUCCAGCCAUCGAUUACGUUUCUCACUUUUCUAUACUUGACAUCAAACAAUGAAGUCCUCCCGGUCACAAACUCAAUAAA